ACCUAAAAAGAAGAAGAAGGCGGGUGGAGAGAAUGGAGAAGGGAGUUCAAAUCUUCAACCCAACGAAAUAGAAAUAAUCUCAAUUUUAACAGUUUUGGUAACGGACAGAGCAUUAAAGGGACUCUCGACUUUAUUUCAAGUUAAUCUCCAUUUGAGGAGGGAAUUGUCAGAGUCUGACGACGAAGAAAUCAUUCUAAAAUCUUAA